AUGGAGAAACCCCAGGGCAGGGAUGUCCCGCUGGGAGCCGCGCUCUCCGCAGGCUCCUUCCUGCAGGACCUGCUGCAGAGGUACGGGGAGAGCCAGACCCUCAGCCUGAGGCAGUGUUUCAGCUCCUCCGAGCUUUUCUCCAUCCACAACCUGAGCGAGGGCUCUGCCCUGGGGCACAGGGAGUUCCAGGAGUUCUGCCCCACCAUCCUGCAGCAGCUGGAAUCCCGGGCCUGUGCCUCUGAGAACCUGGAAAACGAGGAAAAUGAGCAGACAGAAGAGACCAGACCCAGCUCAGCUGAAGUCUGGGGUUACGGUUUCCUCUGCGUGACCCUCAUCUCCCUCUGCUCGCUGGUGGGAGCCAGCGUGGUGCCCUUCAUGAAGAAGACCUUUUACAAGAGGCUGCUCCUCUACUUCAUAGCUCUGGCGAUUGGAACUCUCUACUCCAACGCCCUCUUCCAGCUCAUUCCCGAGGCCUUUGGGUUCAACCCUCAAGAGGAUUAUUAUGUUUCCAAAUCAGCCGUGGUGUUCGGGGGUUUCUACCUCUUCUUCUUCACAGAGAAGGUCUUGAAGAUGCUCCUGAAGCAGAAGGACCAGCACCACCAUGGGCACAGCCACUAUGGGCCUGAGGCUCUGCCAUCCAAGAAGGACCAGGAGGAGGGGGUGACUGAGAAGCUGCAGAACGGGGACCUGGACCACAUGAUCCCCCACAUCACCAACGAGCUGGAGUGCAAGACCCCCUCUGGGGUUGAGAAGGUUGUGGUGGGCUCCCUCUCUGUCCAGGACCUGCAGGCCUCCCAGAGUGCCUGUUACUGGCUGAAGGAGGUGAGGUACUCUGACAUUGGCACCCUGGCCUGGAUGAUCACCCUGAGUGAUGGGCUCCACAACUUCAUCGACGGGUUGGCCAUCGGGGCCUCCUUCACUGUCUCUGUCUUCCAAGGGAUCAGCACCUCUGUGGCCAUCCUCUGUGAGGAGUUCCCACACGAGCUGGGGGACUUUGUCAUCCUGCGGAAUGCUGGGAUGACCAUCCGCCAGGCUCUCUUCUUCAACUUCAUCUCUGCCUGCUGCUGCUACGUGGGCUUGGCCUUCGGCAUCGUGGCCGGCAGCCACUUCUCUGCCAACUGGAUCUUUGCUCUGGCUGGAGGGAUGUUCCUCUACAUUGCUCUGGCUGACAUGUUCCCCGAGAUGAACGAGGUGAGCCGGGAGGACGAGCAGACGGGCAGUGCCCUCAUCACCUUCGCCAUCCAGAACGCGGGGCUGCUGACGGGCUUCACCAUCAUGGUGCUGCUCACCAUGUACUCUGGGCAGAUCCAGAUUGGGUAG